AUGGCUGACAUGUCUUCGUCAGACGGGCACGGCGUCCUCUCAGGCAAUCCACAUAGCUCUCCUGUCUCCGGAGGAUCUUCCCUUUGCGACUCUUCGCUCCUUGCUUCCUCUGCCUCCCUGGGCAACAUGGCGCAGUCCGGACAGGUCCCCAACGGCGGCGCGGGCGCGUCGCCCCUCGGAUGGGGCGCGCCGGACGGCAUGGCUCCUGGAUAUCCGGGAGGAAUGCCAUUUGCGCCGCAGGGGCCUCCAGCAAUGGCUGCCGACGGAGCGUCGCAGUCUGGUACCUUCAUGAACUCUUCUUUUCACCAUGCGUCUCAGAGUCCUGGCCAGGCCGGGAGCGGCGGCCUCGUGGGCGACACCCAUCCGGGUCCGGGAGGGCCCCCGUUGACUGCGCAAAUGACGCAGAAUCCACACCUUCCUUCGCCUCUGCCGAUGCACUCGGCCCCUGUCCAGUCUUCUGCCCACCCAAACAUGUCUCCACCCUCUGUGAACCUCUCGACGGCCGCGGUGGGGUCGGCUGCCUUUGCGCAGCAGCUGGCGGCGUUUUCCUCUUCGGUCGGGAGCGGCAACGUGAGUCAUUCGCAGCCCCCGCCUCUCUCGUCUUCUCAGUUCCUCCUUUCGCAGUACCGGCCUCUCAGCGGUCCCGCCCCCUUCGAUCCUUCUGCCUCGCUGAACGCGCGAGGCACUGGGCCUCUGCAGCCUGCGACUGCCCCCGGCGCCUCUCCCGUGUUCCCCGUCGUCCCUGUGCCCCAGGGUGCCAUGCCGAUGCACCCGCAAAUGGGGACUCCCGGCCCGAACGGGGCACUUGGCCCAGUGCCCGCGGGUCCGAUGCCCCUGGCAGUCGCCCCCGGGGUGGGGUCCGUCCCGGGGCCCGGGGGCGCGACCCCUGGCGGCGCCGGAACCCCCCAUAUGGGGAUGGCGCCGGGAGGACCAGGAGUCGGACAGACUAUGCAGCAGAAGGUUUUCGGAGCGAUGCCGUGCGCCGUCCCCGCAGUCAGCUUGCGACAGAUUGAGAUUUCGGCAGCUCCUCGAAUGUGCCCAGGGACAGGCUUGUGGGGCGACGAGAGAAAGCGGCGCGCGUCCCGGAAGUGCCGAGACCCGAGGAGCAAGUCAGCGAGUGCGGGGGCCGAGUCGGCAGAAAAGAGAGAGGAAGACGAAGCGCAAAAGGGAGACAGAGGCGAAGACAGUGGGGAAGACGAAGACGACCGAACAGGCGGACACAUUGUGCUCAAGUGGAUUGAACAAGAAGGCCUCGCUGGCCUUCAUCGUCUUCUGGUCGAUGCCCUCCUCAUGCCUGCUCCAAAGACAACCAACGGGAGUCGUCUCGUGUCCCUGGCGGCGCGUGCUGCCCAGCUGCCCCCUGUCCCAGGUGUGGUUUACGAUCCCCACCAGUACCAGUUCCUGGCUCGGUACUUGGAGACAGAAGACAGCACAGUGCCGAUCACCAAGCGCUUUCCUCUCCGGCGCUGGGGCUUCUUCAAGAGCUACCGGUUCGCCUGCGACGUGGUCCAGCAAGCGGCGAAGCCCGGCGUCUUCGAGGACGGAGAAAUUGUACCCGUCAAGGAGCCGUUGCCAGGACUCGACGGUCAAGGCCUGACAGGCACGGAGUCGCCGCCAGUCGAGUACUACGUGCUGCCGGACUGUCCAGAAGUGAGUUUGCCGGUGAUAAAGGGCGUGUCGCGGGACAAGAAGAGCCGGCGGUGGGCUGUGUACUACCGGAACCAGCGAAGGUAUUUUUACGACAAGAAGGAGGAGAAGCUGUGCAAGGAGAAGAAGGAAGACGAGGCGCCGUCUCUCUCUCCCCACGCGGGCGUGAAGGAGGCGUACGAGAUGGCUGUUCAGCUCAGGCGCCAGCAGGUGCAAGAAGUCGAGCUGCUUCAGAUGUUCGAGGAGUCGAACUCGGGGGCGAGUCAGGGCGACGACAUGACGCUCUUGCUGCCGUGUUACCAAGCCGUGCUUCUGACACUGCUGCACAAUCUGGAGAAGAACAUCCGGAGCGGCGGCAUCGACUGCGUGCUCGCCCUCGUGGUCCCUGGCGAAGACUCCGCCCUCCGCGGCUGCGCCGGACUCCCGGGAGAAGGCCGGAAGGUGAACGCCGAGGCUCCAGCGGUCGCUGGGGCCGACAACACAAAAAAAGAGACUGACGGCGAAGAGGCCGAUGCGGAGCGGAAGGACGGGGGCGACAGAUCCGAUCUGGAGCCGACGUCGUUGCCGGAGGCGUCCGAGGAGCUGAAGGCGCUGCGGAAACUGCUGGCGGAGUUUGUGGCGUCGCACAUGGUGUACAUCGAGUCCGCGCGCCUGGCCGUGGAACUCCACGAACACCUGGCCAUCCUUCGCGAGUGCAUUCAGAAACAAAUUCUCCCCAGCGACCUGCCGCCCUCCAGUCGCCUGCGGCUCGUCGUGAAAUUCCUCGAGCUCCAGCUGGGCAGCUUGCGAGACGCACUCGUCCAGAGUGGAUUCUACAGGCAAAUCUUGGUCGACUCCAACAAGCGCCAGAAAAUGCAACGCGAAGAAAAGGGACGGCUCGGGGCUCUCGGCGCCACACGAAGCGAAAACGGGGACCAGGGAGACAACCAGCCUGCCUCGACUGCCAACCAUGUGCAGAGAGUGGACGAGGCGGACGCGUCCGCGGAGAAAGGCCACGAAUCAGGAGGAGACCCGCGAGAAAGCUAA